CAGACGAAACGCUCACCUUCCCCAUCUGCCUUCCUUUAUUGGACGUUGCAUUUCCUCUCAUUCAUUUCCUCUGCUCUGCUAAAUUCCACUUUCCAACCCUUACCGGAUCAGAUCCCCCCGCCGCCCGCCAUGGCUUCCGCCGCCGCCGCCCCCAAAUCCCCCUCUCUCCCAUGGAAGACCCGCCUCCUCGUCUCCCUCUCCUCCGUCUGCAGCGACCUCGUCACUCGCCGCAACGGCACACUCAACCGCCGCCUCUUUCGUCUCUUCGAUUUCAAAUCCUCUCCCAAUCCCGUCAAGCCUAUCCACGGCGUCCUCUCCUUCGACGUCAUCGUCGAUUCUUCCCGCAACCUCUCUGUUCGCGUCUUCACUCCUCGCUCCGACGCUCCCACUCUUCCGAUCCUCAUCUUCUUCCACGGCGGCGGCUUUGCCUUCCUCAGCAACGCCUCUUUCUCCUACGCCGCCGUCUGCCGUCGUCUCGCUCGUCGCAUCCCUGCCGUCGUCCUCUCCGUCGAUUACCGUCUCUCUCCAGAACACCGCUUCCCUUGCCAAUACGACGACGGCUUCGACGUCCUCCGAUUCCUCGACCACGGAAACAACACUAUCGGUCUCCUCCCUCCCAAUGCCGAUCUCUCCAAAUGCUUCCUCGCCGGCGACAGCGCCGGCGCCAAUCUAGCACAUCACGUAGCCGUACGAUUCUCUCGGCAGAAAUCGCAGUUCCAGAAGGUCAAAAUCAUCGGAUUAAUAUCGAUUCAACCGUUCUUCGGCGGAGUAAAACGGAUGGAAUCCGAAACUCAAUUAGAUCCAGGAUACAUCGUUUCGCUUAAAAGAACAGACUGGCUAUGGAGGGCGUUUUUACCGGAAGGAUCGGAUCGAGACCAUUCUGCAUCGAAUGUGAGCGGGCCGAAUGCGGAGGCGAUUGCGGAACUGGAGGAAUUCCCGGCGACGGUUGUGUUCGUGGCGGGAUUCGAUCCGUUGAAGGAUCGGCAGAGGAGGUAUUACGAAUGGUUGAAGGAAUCCGGAAAGAAAGUGGAAUUGAUCGAGUAUCCGAAUAUGAUCCAUGCGUUUUACCUGUUUCCAGAGCUGCCGGAGAGUUCCGCCAUGAUCGAUCAGGUGAGGAGCUUCGUCUUCAAAUGUAUGGAGGCAUGAAAAUGACAUGUUCAUUACGAUCUUCACCGUUAAGAUAUUAUUGUAGGUGGCAGAGACUGACUUUAUUAGCUCUGCCCACAUCUAAAUCUUUUCUUUUUUUCUUAAAAAAAAAAAAGAAAAAACUUUAAAUAUUUAUUUUUUCUAUUCUAGUGUUUGUAAUUUUAGACCAUCAAAUUAUAUUAUGUUUUUAAUAAAUAUUUAAAAUA